AUGGUGCUCGAAGAGGACGAUGAGUCCAUCACAACCAUCUCCACAGCUGCCUCCAGCACUGCUGCGGAGCUGGAGUUAGUUGUUUGGCUGCUCGACGGGGAAGAGGCCAUCGCGGUCCAAGCGACAGAAGAAACCAUGGGCGAAAUGGAGGGAUUACAGGGUAUAAUGCAGGCCCAUACCAACACGGAAAUGCAUACAAAAGGUGACGUCGCCCAUGAUCGAUAUCAUUUGAAUGCUGCAGAACUCAAGGAGUUUCAGAAGUUGUUGGAAGAACUUCGUGGUGCAUUCAAUCGGCAGGAGAUGUUCUCCUGGGCGCUUUCCUUCUGCUCCCCCUUGAGCUCUGAAGAAAAGAAAAGUGCGACAAUUCUUCGAUAG